GAUAUGAGAGGACAUUUGACAGGAAAAUCUAUAUAUGAAGAGUAACAGAGAGAGAGAGAGAGAGAGAGAGAGAGAGAGUUAAACUCAACAAUGUCUCAACCAAGUAAGCAGAAACUUCAAGAUGAUCUACGUAUGCUAGUGAUGAAAAUAAAAGAGCAUGAGAAAAACAUAAAAUCUCUGAAGACUCAACAUAACAAGUUAGAUGACUCCAUUCUUGAUUUGCAAGUCAAGUAUCCUACCUCAAGCACUCCUGAGAUUGAACAUGAGAACAACUCCCAACUUCAGACUGAGGAGCAAACAAUUGAACAGAUUCUACAGCAUGAAGAAUCUGCUGCUGGCAUUUUGUGUCAAUUGAAAACGCCGUUUGGUACUCAGGCUUCCCAUCUUCCAUUGACCAAGGAUGUGCUGGGUAUUGUUGCAACACUUGGAAAAGUAGAUGAUGAUAAUCUUAGCAGGCUUUUUGCAGAGUACUUGGGAGUGGAGACCAUGCUGGCGAUUGUCUGUAAGACAUAUGAAGGUGUUAAAGCUCUAGAAGCAUAUGACAAUGAAGGCUGCAUAAAUAAAAGUUCUGGUCUUCACGGGCUUGGGGGUUGCGUUGGGAGGGCUUUGGAUGGCCGAUUUCUCGUUAUUUGUCUUGAAAAUAUAAUACCAUAUGCGGGUGAGUUUGUGGCUGAUGACCCACUGAGAAGGUUUGAUCUUAUAAAGCCAAGGUUACCUAAUGGGGAGUGUCCACCUGGGUUUCUUGGGUUUGCUGUGAAUAUGAUCAACGUGGACAACACAAACUUAUUUUGUCUCACAGCUAGCGGGUACGGCCUUAGGGAGACGCUAUUUUAUAAGCUCUUCUCUCGUCUGCAAGUAUAUAGAACAAGGGCGGAAAUGUUACAUGCUCUUCCUUGUAUAAGUGAUGGAGCUCUUUCUUUAGAUGGAGGAAUGAUUAGGAGUACUGGUGCUUUUUUCCUGGGGAAUCGGGAAGAUGUAGAUGUGAAAUUCCCAAAGCCCUCGGUGACAUCAACUCUAUGUGAAAACUACAUUGAAGUUGAGAGGCAGGUCAAGGAGAUGAAAGGGAAAAAGGAAAAGAUGCUGGAAGAUAUGAAGAGAGAAGAAGCAUUAUUGCACGCUGCAAAGUUCGAUUUUGAUAAAAAGAAGCAAGAGUGUCUCAAGUUCCUUGCUGAAAGCUCAUCGAAUGCAACUCAGAAUUGCUCUGCUCCAACGCCUCCAAAGGAACUCUCUAUGAACAAAACGAGCACGCCAUCAUCGAGGAAUAUGGCCGAGUCAACCAAGAAGCGCUCUCUCGAUACCAUAAGAUUUGGAAGUGAAGCUGCUGAUCUGGCUUAUCAUGAAAGAUUUCAAUCCCGAACAUUGGUUAUAGAGGGAAAAAUUUCUGAAUUUGAACUCGAGGAACCCCAAUUUGCUUUCAUAUUACAUAUCUUUGAGUCUAGGGGUUGGGAGUCUCUUGUUUUAAGAGAAUAUUAUGCCUAUCCUAAAAUUGUUCGCGAAUUCUAUGCGAACAUUCAUAAGAUUAAGAUGGACCCUCCCUCUUUUGAGACUUAUGUUCGGGGGGCCAAAAUUGUGGUCAACGCCAAGCUUCUCUCAAAGGUUGCUCAAAUCCCUCUUGUCCCUGAGCCUGGCUAUCCUUUUGGCAAUCCUGAGCUACCAUCCAAAGACACCAUGAUGACCAAGUUCGCCCCUGUGGAUGGUCCUUCAUGGUAUGAGCAUGAGAACUCCGUCCCUUUAGCCCGUUUCACUCCAACCAUGCACCUCCUAGCUCGGAUAAUUCUCCAAAAUGUGUGGCCCAUAGAUGAUCAGCCGACUGAAGUGGGUGUUGAGAGGGCUAAGUUUAUGUUUGCUAUGGUAGAUGAGGUACCCAUUGAUUUCUGCACUCAUGCCAUUGUGGCUAUGAUAGAGGCAUUCCAUGAUAAAACUACCUCUCUUCCUUAUGCUGGCCUCAUCUCCCGGAUUGUCAGCCGAAGUUUUAUCAUCCCAGAUUUUGAACGUUGCCAAUGUUCCUCCAGUUUUGUGAAAGACACUGACACUGUUCAGGAAUCUCAUGCCGAGGUCUCUCUAGAGCCAAAAUGGGGAUUGCCACAAGCUCAUGAGGACCCUGCACUAUCCUCUGGAGAUGACACUGGUGGUGCUUCAUCCUCUGUUUCUAUGUCUGAUUUCACGAAGGAAGUUAAAGCCCUUAUGGCAACAUGGAAAAAAGGGUGAAAAACAUAGAUGAGCGCACAGCUAAGGGAGAGCACUUUAAGCAACAUUUGUCAGACUCAGACUCAGACUGAUACUGCAUUGGAGCAGUGAUGGGAUGCUGGCUUCGUUACUUGAUUGAUUGUCUUUGUUUUGAGUAUUUUUGUUGGUUGUUUUCUCCCCUUUGGCCUUGGUGACAAAAAGGGGGAGAUUUUUGGGGAUGACUUGACUUAUAUAUAUAUCUUGAUGAUGUAUGACAUGUAGAUGAUGGUGUUUUUGAUUAAUCUAUGUUUUUAUUUU